AUGGCGUGCGCCCUCGCGAUGGCGUGCGGUGCCGUCGCGAGCGAUCGCGUCGUGGCGGCGGCCGCGCGGCGUCCCGGCGCCGCCUUCCGCGUCUCCGCGUGGCGGCGACGGAAUUUAACGCGAUGGGGGGGGCGACCCUCCGUCGCGAGACCCGCGGCCGCGGCGAACGCGUCGGACGCCGAGCUCGAGACGCCGCCGCCGUCGGGGUUCGACGCCAGCGCGACCGCGCGCGCGCAGACGCUCGCGGAGAUCUCGGAGAAAGCCCCGCCGAAGAAGGAGAAGGAGGAAGACGCGGCGGCGGCGGCGAAGAAGAGCGGAGCGACGUCGAAGAAGAAGACGGCGAAGAAAAAAGCAUCCGAGGAGGACGGCGAGGGCGCGAAGAAGACGAAGACGACGAAGACGAGCGCGAAGGACGCAGCGGGCGCGAAGGCGUCCUCUACUACUACCAAGGCGUCUUCUGCCAAAGAGAAAGCGGCGAACGCGAACGCGAAGACGAAGGCGAAGGCGAAGGCGAAAGCGCCGACGGCGGCGGCGACCGCGCCCGCGCCUUCGCAUUCGCCGCCGAAGAAGCUGUCCAAGAUGGAACAGGCGAAAGCCGAGGCGAGGGCGGCGCAGGCGAAGAAGAAGGAGAAGGAGAAGGCGUCGAAGGCGUCGAAGGGGGGCGAGAAGGGCGGCGUCGCCGUCGGCAAGAAGAAGAGCGUCCUCGACGGCGAGGCGAAGGCGAAGGCGAAGGCGAAGGCGAAGGAGAAGGCGUCCUCCUCCUCGUCUGGAUUCUCGUUCCCGAACCCGUUCGCGAAGAAGACUCUCACCGCGAAGGAGGAAGCCAGACGCGCGCGCGUCCUCGCCGCGAAGUCGAAGAAGAUCAAGGAGGAGGUGCGAAAAAAGACGAGAGGCGGGAAGCUCGCGCCGUACACGGACUACCCGCUCGAUCAGUCCGGGUACGCCGGCGGUCCGAAGCUCAAACCGGAGGAGCUCAAGUGGUCGCCGAACGGCAACGCGCUGCUUCAGCUGGAUCGCCAGACGAUCACGUACAACCAGUUCCUCAGGGACCUCAGCGAUCAACAAAUCUUGGAGCUGCACUAUAAACGCGAAGGACACGACCGUUACUUUAUAAUUUACAAAGACGACCGCGUCGCGCACGUGGAGGUGCCUCAAGACGACUUCAGGGUCGCGAAGCUGUGUCACCUGCAAGGCCUCGAGGCGAGCGAGAUCGUCGUCGAGGGGGAGCUGGAUCGAUCCACGAACGUCGGGUUCCAGCAAGCGAGCGAGAACCAGGCGAAGGUGAUCUCCAACUACGGCCUGCCGCUCAUCGGCGUCGGCGUCGUCUGGUUCAUCGUGUGGACGAUGAACCGCUUCAAGGGCGACUUCGACGACAGGCAAAAAAUCUUGGAGCAAGAGCGCAGGGCGGAGGCGAUCAAAGGCGUGGACGGGGACCCGGGGUUGGAGACGCUGAAGAACCUCCUGAAGCAGGUGGACAAGACGACGAACCCGGAGGAGUAUAAGAGGCGAGAGAAGGAGGUGGACGACUAUCGCGAGAAACUGGAGCGCCGCGCGGCGUUUUUAGUCUCCGAGGAGGGGGGCGGCCCGGGCGGAAACGCGACGCCCGGCGGAGCCGGAAACGCGGAGGAGGCCAUCGGCAAGUUUAUGAAAGCCGGCGGGAUGAAGGUGAUCGGCAAGCGCGAGGAGCGGCGCGGACAAGACGCCGUCGGCGCGGCGUUGGACGCCGCGGCGAAGGCCAAGGCGGAGGACGACGCCGCGCGGGAGGCGAAGAAAAACCCCGGCGGCGCGUCGAAGAAAGUCGCGAAGCAAGGGCAGCUGCGGUCGAAGAUGAAGAUGCGAGACGAGAGCGACGUCGUCAUGUUCAGCGACGUCGCGGGCAUCGGCGACGCGAAGAUCGAGCUGGCGGAGAUUGUCGACUUUUUCCGGAUGCCGGAAAAGUUCAAAAAGUCGGGCGCGCAAGUCCCGAAAGGCGUCAUGCUGACGGGCCCGCCCGGGUGCGGGAAGACGCUCCUCGCGCGCGCGGUCGCGGGCGAGUCCGGCGCGACGUUCUUCUCGCUGACCGCGUCGGAGUUUGUCGAGAUGUUCGUCGGCGUCGGCGCCGCGCGCGUCCGCGACUUGUUCGCGCAGGCGAAGAAGCAGGCGCCGUCCAUAAUUUUCAUCGACGAGCUCGACGCCGUCGGUCGUCCGCGCGGCGCGGGCGGGUCCGGGAACGACGAGAGGGAUCAGACGCUGAACCAGCUCCUCGUCGAGCUCGACGGCUUCGGCAGCGAUGCCGGGGUGGUGUGCAUCGCGGCGACGAACAGGGUGGACGUUUUGGACAAGGCGCUGGUGCGCGCUGGAAGGUUCGAUCGAAAGAUCACGGUGCAGCCGCCGACGAGAGAGGGACGGCUGCAGAUUUUGAAAGUACACGUCCGGGAUAAGCCUUUGAACGACGACGUCGACCUCAUCGAUCUCGCCGCGGAGAUGAACGGGUUCACCGGGGCGAUCAUCGCGAACGUGGUGAACACCGCGUGUUUGGCCGCCGCGAGGGAGGGCCGCGACGACGUGUGUCAGAGAAAUUUUGACGACGCCGUGGAGGCGGAGCAGCUCGGGAAGAUCCUCCCGAUCGACCGCGGGAUGGACAACGAGCGAAGAAUCGCACGCGUGCACGCGACGUGCGCGGUGGGAACGUACCUCCUGAUGCACGACGUGUGUAAGAUUAACUUCACGACGAUCACGCCGAGGGAGACGAACAUGGACGGCUGCGUCUCGUUGAAAGAUUUCCCGGAAGUCGACCGCCCGGGGCUCGGGAUACGAGGCGUGAUGUCGCGGCAAGUGCGCGUGUGCUACGCGCCGCAGAUCGCGGAGGAGGAGGAGUACGGGUUCGACGACUUAUCGUUCGCGGCGGCGCCGUACACCGCGAGGGCGAGAGAGAUUGUCGCGCUCAUGGUGCAAGCCUCCGGGAUGGCGAAAGAGGGCUCGACGUUGAACAUCGUCCCCGCGACGGACGCGUUCAGCGUCGUGGACUUUCUGCGCAGGGACGUCGUGGAGUUCCUCAUGCGACACACGACCGUGGAUAAGUACUUCGCGAGCGACCGAGAAGCGCGGGAGAUGCUCGAGAUGGAACACCGAGCGGCGCGGAGGUUUGUCCAAAGACAAAAAGCCGCCAUCGACGCGUUGACAGAGGCGCUCGUCGAACACAAGACGGUGGAUUUGGAGAUGAUGGAGAAAAUCAUGGCCGAGCACGCGGUAGAAGAGCCGAAGGAGGAGGAGGAGAUCAUGCCGUAUUACUCCCCGGAGGACCGCGAGCGGUUGGUGCCGUGGGAGGGGGAGAUGCCGAAAGAUUCCGUGCCGGCGACCAACGAGUGGAUCGAAACGUGA